AUGUCUGCGACAGACUCCGAGUCAGAUUUUUUCGACGAUGAUGACUUUAUAGUCCCUGAUGAACCCGUAGCCCGGGCCGCCAAACGUCGUCGUGUUGAAGCUUCGAAGCGGGGAGAACGCGAUGACCACGAUGGUUCCUCAAUCGAUUCGUUUUCUGAUAUGGGCGACUUGCAGCCGCAGCGUGGAGAUUCUGCGGGCUUUGAUGAGUUCCAAGAGCGCCCUAAGAAUAGGAGCUAUGUGUUGAAACAGAACAACUUCCAAGAAAAUAUGUUCGUCACGCAACUCACGCAACCGUCUUCGAGCCCGGAACACAUACGAGGUCCACGAUGGCAGAAGCCUGUUGCGAAACUUCCUCAGCCGAAAUUCGACUCCGCUGGACAAGCAAAUGGACAGGAAAAUGGACGGGGUGCUGGACAAACGGUGCAACAGGCGCAUGAUUAUAACCAAGAUAACGAGCUGAGGGCGGCUAUUGCUGCUUCGUUGGACUCAUUUGAGGAGGAGAAAGAAAUCAGAGGAGCAUUUAGCCCACCGAGUUUGGCACGGAAUCCUCCCCCCAGAGUUCUCGCACUCCCACAACAGGCAGGCACGCAUGCUUCAGCAGACGUCUCAUUCGAACUGGAUGACAUACCCGACGACGCAUUUGAUACAUCACCGUCAUUGUCACCUGUAGCACGGCCUACUCAACCUCCACAACCUAGUAUUGCUAGAGCACCAAUUCGACAAGCGUACAUGCGCCAGACAACUUUGUUUGGCAUGACUGCAGCCCAGGACCCGGCCCCGCGUGAGCAAGACUGGGGCCCGCCAGACAAAGCCGAAGCUCCAACCCAACACAAACUGGUCAAAGAUGCUUUGGAUACCUGGGUUUACCCCACCAAUCUGGGUAAUACUCGAGAUUACCAGUUCAAUAUCACCCAGCGUGGUCUGUUUCACAACCUGCUUGUGGCUUUGCCAACCGGUCUGGGAAAGACAUUUAUUGCUGCUACAAUCAUGCUCAAUUGGUUUCGCUGGACGAAAGACUCACAGAUCAUUUUUGUUGCCCCAACCAAGCCCCUAGUUUCUCAGCAGGUAACGGCUUGUUUGGAUAUUGCUGGAAUCCCUCGAUCCCAAACGACUAUGCUCACUGGAGGUGCCUCACCUGGCAUUCGUGCGGAAGAGUGGAAAGCUAAGCGAGUGUUUUUUAUGACUCCUCAAACUUUGAUGAACGACUUGAAGACUGGGAUUGCUGAUCCAAAACGGAUUGUUCUGCUGGUCGUUGAUGAAGCUCAUCGUGCGACGGGUGCAUAUGCGUAUGUGGAAGUGGUCAAGUUCUUGCGGCGGUUCAACAAUAGUUUCCGCGUCCUCGCAUUGACAGCCACUCCGGGUUCGACAGUUGAAUCCGUACAGGCAGUCAUUGAUGGAUUAGACAUCUCACGAGUCGAGAUCCGGACCGAGAACUCGAUUGAUAUCCGCGACUACGUUCACGAUCGUAACAUCGAAAUCGAAACAUUCGAAAACUCAGAUGAGAUGGUCUUCUGCAUGGAUCUAAUGUCAGAGGCCUUGCGGCCUUUGCUUGAUCAGCUUCGCACACUCAACGCCUACUGGGGAAGAGACCCCAUGGGUUUAACCGCCUACGGUCUCACAAAAGCCAGGCAACAAUGGAUGCUGUCCGAUGCGGGUAGAAAUGCCAACUUCGGACUCAAAGGCAAAGUCAAUGCCAUUUUUUCUGUCCUUGCAAGCUUGGCCCAUGCCAUCGAUCUGCUCAAGUUCCAUGGCAUUGUGCCAUUCUAUCGCCAUGUCGUUCACUUCAAAUCAGGCACGGAAGGACAGAAAGGUGGAGGUGGCAAAUGGCAAAAACAAGUGAUUCAAGACGAGAAUUUCAAGAAACUGAUGAGCCACAUUGAACCUUGGUCCAAGAAUCCGGAGUUCAUUGGUCAUCCCAAGCUGGAAUAUCUGAAAUCGGUGAUCUUGAAUCACUUCAUGGAUAGAGGUGAAGGAAAGGAGUCCGCUGAAGGGAACGUCGAGAGUGCGACUCGUGUCAUGAUCUUCGUGCACUUCCGUGACAGCGCAGAAGAGGUGACGCGGGUGCUUAAACGAUACGAACCCAUGAUUCGACCUCAUGUCUUCGUUGGCCAGUCUAGUGCCAAAGGCUCCGAAGGCAUGGACCAGAAGACACAGCUCUCGAUCAUCAAAGAUUUCAAGAAAGGCACGUACAAUACGAUCGUGGCCACAUCGAUUGGCGAGGAGGGCCUAGACAUUGGAGAGGUCGACCUCAUCGUGUGCUACGACUCCUCGGCCUCACCAAUCCGUAUGCUGCAGCGAAUGGGUCGAACUGGUCGUAAACGGGCUGGUAACAUCACGCUGCUGUUGAUGAAGGGCAAGGAGGAGGACUCUUACAUCAAGGCCAAGGACAACUACGAGAAGAUGCAACAAAUGAUUGCUAGCGGCUCCCGUUUCACGUUCCACGACGAUCGAUCUGCUCGAAUCUUGCCUGCAGGAAUCCGUCCAGUGCCUGAUAAACGACAAAUCGACAUACCCCCAGAGAACUCUCAACAAGACCUACCCGAGCCGAAACGCAAAGGCCGAGCACCGAAGCGACCCCCAAAGGUGUUCCAUAUGCCGGAUGAUGUGGAAACAGGAUUCACCCGCGCUUCAACCUUCACUGGUGAUAAGCCUCAGCCCGCGAAAAAGAAAGCCGCCACUCCUAAAAAGCGGCCACGGAUCCCUACACCUGAGCCUGUCGAUAUUCCUUUACUGGAUGAUGUUACUCUGACUGCCAGCGAGCAGAAGCAGCUUGAAAGCCAUUAUCAGAACAUCGGAGCCACCUCUCCUCAGUUCAUUCGAUUCCCUCGCAUUGAUGCUUUCCCUAGCCUUCAGCUUGUUCCAAGGCCCACGAAGCUGGUUGAACAUGGAGCUUUGACAAAGCGUAUGAUUUCAGCGUUGCAGAAAAUGAACGAAGUAGGACCGGACUGUGAUCGUCGGUUCAAAGAUAUUCUGGCUCGCCAACAUCUGUCUUCUGACGAGUCCAGCCAGCCCCGGCCGAAAUCAACCAAGAAGUCUAGAAGUAAGAAGAAAGAUUUCAAGUCCCCGUCAAAGCCUGCCUCUCGAAAGUCGUCAAAGAAAUCCGCGACACCUGUUGGCGGUGAGGUUUUAUCCUUGUUGUCUCCCAAUCAGCCAGAUAGCGUACAGCGGAAGCUAGAUCCCCUAGAUUUCCUGGAUGACGACUUCGAUGAUGAUGACGAUGACCUGCCGGAUCCAAGCCUUCUCCUGAGCAGUGUGACCAAGCCUAGUAGUUCCCGAAAGCAGAGCAUGGCGUUUGUUGACAGUGACGAUUUAUGA